AUGGCCAAGGACCGAAGCGAUAAGGAGAAGAAAGAGAAGAAGGAGAAGAAGCGAUCGGAGACCGAUGGUGUGCACAAAAAGUCCAAGAAGGAGAAGAAGAAUGUAGACCUUCUCGAGAAAGCUGUGGAGCAGGAAUUGGCCUCCAGGACGCCAGAUGCCGAUGCCGUCAUGGUCAAUGGCGAUGGUAGCGAAGAGCGCCCUCUUGGAGCUUUGGUGCCUUUCGCAAACCCGCUCGCAGAGGACAAGGUCGCGAAGAAGGUGUUGAAGAGCGUAAAGAAGGCUGCUGGAAGCAAGGCCCUAAAACGAGGAGUAAAGGAAGUUGUCAAGGCCGUCAGAAAAUCUCCAACCCCUUCAGCGAAUGCAGCAAUCACCACGCCAUCUGCCAUUGUUGUACUAGCUGCAGAUAUAUCUCCAAUGGAUGUGAUAUCCCACAUUCCAGUUCUUUGCGAAGACCAUGGAAUCCCUUACAUUUAUGUCUCCUCCAGAGCCGAGCUUGGAAACGCCGGUGCUACCAAACGGCCAACCAGUGUCGUGAUGGUCCUUCCAAAGGGAGGAAAAAACAAGAAAAAGGACGAGAAAGAAUCCGAUGAUAAGAAAGAGGACUACUCAGCAGUAUACGAUGAGCUAGUCAAAGUUGUCCAGAAGGAGACCAAGAAGGUCAAAAUAUAG